UGUUUGAGCCGCUUAACUUAACACAAGCACAAAGUAAACAAUAGCUUUCAUCAACUUUCACUUUAGUCUUCAUUCAUCAUUCAGCGCCGUUUUGGAGAUCAAUGUUUAUGUUUACGGCUUGCAUUGCUUCUAUCAACCACUUACAUCUGGUCAUUUUAACUUCGUACCAAUUGGAACAUUAUGGCUGGAAAUUUCUGGGCUAGCUCUCAUUAUCAGCAGUGGCUUCUUGAUCGCCAGGACCUAUACAGAGAGCGACAACAUGACCUGAAGAUACUCGCUGAGGAAGAGUACCAAAAGAUUAUGAUGCUCUUUGCUAAUGUUAUACAAGCUCUCGGCGAACAGCUAAAAUUCCGCCAGCAAGUUAUAGCAACAGCUACAAUAUACUUCAAGCGAUUUUAUGCCAGAAAUUCCCUCAAGUGUAUAGACCCUUGGCUGAUGGCACCAACGUGUGCGUUUCUUGCAUCUAAAGUAGAGGAAUAUGGUGUGAUAUCCAACAGUAGGCUCAUGACUACCUGCCAAAAUAUAGUGAAGAACAAGUUUGCUCAUGCCUUCACAGGGGAAUAUCCCUACAGAAUUCAGAACGUUUUAGAGUGUGAAUUUUACUUGUUGGAAAUGAUGGACUGUUGUCUUAUUAUGUACCACCCAUACCGCCCAUUGGUCAAGUUCUGUGCAGAUCUCAACGCAGAUGCAGACCUUCUACCCACAGCCUGGCGCAUGGUCAAUGACAGUCUCAGAACAGAUGCUCCUUUACUCUACCCACCCUACCUCACAGCUCUGGCUUGUAUCCACUUAGCCAGUAUAGUCAAGCAGAAGGACAUCAAGGGCUGGUGUGCUGAGCUGUCUGUGGACAAUGAUAAGGUGAUGGAAAUCACACGUAUGCUGGUGAACCUCUACGACAUGUGGAAGACGUAUGAUGAGAAGAAGGAGGUCCAAGUGGUGCUGGCCAAGAUGCCCAAGCCCAGUCCAUCCAGGCCCCCAUCGGAGACUCCCAGCUUGCAGGAUGCUAACGCUCAGCAGCAACAACAGCAACAGAACCAGCAGCAGGCACAGAUGCAAGCAUGAUGACAUACUCACACAGUUUAUUUGAACACUUUUUUUUCUCCAUUUUCUAUAGUGCUGGAAGUGGAAAGGGCAGGGGGAAGGAGAAUUAGCAGCCAAUUUUAACUGCUGGUUAUUGCAAGCGGACCUGGUUUUCCCCGGGCUUAAAGUUCUUUGAAUGAGGAGUCCCUGGCCGAGUCAGUACAAAGAUGCAGGAUACGUUUUAAAAAAUAUGACCAACGCACCUAAGAAAAGACCAAUAUAUGAACCAAUCCAUGUUCGUUUGGGUAUUGGUGCAGGCAGAGACGAAGCUACCUAGCUGUGACAUCAGUUCCAAGGAGUGACUUCCUGGUCGUGUUACUUUUUAUAAAAGUAUCCAUAUUCCUCCACAAUCCCUGAAGUUCACUUUUUGGGGAGGUUUCAUGUACAUAUAUGUUCUGUCACGUAAAUGGGAUUUCAGAAAAGCUGUUGUUUUUACUUAAAAUUGAUGAUGAAAUGUGACUUUUU